AUGUACAUCAAAGCUGUUCAGAAAGAUAUCAUUACCGCAUACAACGCGUCUUCUAGCCGCAGUCCCAAGUCAAAUUUGACCCCAGUAGAACAACAGGGUCCUCCUGAACUCAAGCAUUGUAAGGAAAUUGUUAUCAAAAGAGCAGAUAAGGGUGGCGCAAUUGUUGUAAUGAAUAGGCAAGGUUAUAUUAACGAGGGUCUGCGACAAUUGAGUUGCACUUCAUUUUAUGAAAAUCUGGACGCCGACCCCACGGAACGAAUUGUUGCGAGCAUCACGAAAGAACUAAAAGCCCUAAAAAGUAAGAAAGAGAUCGACGCGACGCUCUACGAAUACCUUCUUCCCCGAAAUUCCACACCUGGCAGGUUCUACAUGCUGCCAAAGAUUCAUAAAGGAAACCCUGGCAGGCCAAUUGUGUCUUGCAAUGGUACAGCCACAGAAAAGAUAUCCAGCUUUGUAGAUCACGUCCUCAAGGACAUACCCCCACAACUACCGUCCUACAUCAAGGACACUAACCAUUUCCUUCAAAUACUAAAUCAGUGCCAGCCCCCCACAUCAAGUUUCCUAGUUACAUUAGAUGUCUCGUCCCUCUACUCUAAUAUUCCCCACGAAGACGGCAUUAUUGCAGUUGAGACAGCUUUUUCUAGAUACGCCGGACAGAGUCCUAUCGACCCACUUGCCCUGUCCAAGCUAGUAAACCUAAUCCUUAAAAACAAUAACUUCGAAUUUGACAGUCAGCACUACCUCCAAAUCAGCGGCACGGCUAUGGGCACUAAAAUGGCGCCUCCUUAUGCAAAUAUAUUCAUGGGAACUUUGGAAGAAAAAUUUCUGGAAGGACGUGAGCGAAAGCCGGCACUUUACAAACGCUACCUGGAUGAUAUAUUUAUGAUCUGGCCACAUUCAGAAAGGGACCUCAUAGAAUUCAUAAAUGAUCUCAACCAAUUUCAUCCCACUAUUAAGUUCACCCACACGUAUUCAACUGCAACUGUUAACUUCCUAGAUGUUCAGGAAAGUGGGACACUUUCGUCCAUGACCAAGCAAAAACCUCAGGGCAAGAAAAAAAUGCGCAAGAACAACUACGCAAAGAACAAGUUUGUCAAGGGGUCUCUCUCCCUAGUCUCUUGCUACACCAGUGUGGUGAUACCUGAAGCUUUGGACAUUUAG